GCAUGCAGUCAGUUAAUCAUGGUACGUUGGUGGUAGAUGCGUCCCUAAUGGCGGAUUGUUAUUUAUCGGAAAAAAUAAAUAAGGGGUGAUGUUUUCGCGUGAGCGUAAUUCAGUUCAGCCGGUCGUUUAAUCGAUAAAUAGAAAAGUGUCUUCGUAAAAUUAUUCCGAUGGCGACCUUGCCUUUACCGUUUGAUUGAGAAAAUGACUACGUGAUGUUGUGUAAAUCUAUUAUGGCCGCGGUUCAUGUAAUACAAUUGCUAAUUUAAGUAAAUAUUAUCGUUUAAGUAAACAUAGUGGAAUCGGGAACGGACAGUGAUAAGUAUAGAUUACUGGUUUAGCAGGAAAAUAAGUGAGAAAUAUGGCUGACCCAAAUACACCCCGUUUUCCAAAGAUAAUGGUAUUCAGACCGACUUGGGACGAAUUCAAGGACUUUGCCAAGUAUGUUGAGUAUAUGGAGUCGAUGGGCGCACACAAGGCGGGCGUUGCGAAGGUCAUACCUCCGCCCGAAUGGGUUCCACGCAAAUCCGGGUAUCAGCUUCAGGAUCUCGAAGUGACAAUACCGGCGCCGAUCUGUCAGGUUGUCACGGGCAAGCAGGGAUUGUACCAGCAGAUCAACAUACAGAAAAAGUCGAUGACCGUGCAACAGUAUCACGAUUUGGCCACGUCCGAUCGUUAUAACACGCCGAGGCAUUUCGAUUACGAAGACUUAGAACGCAAGUAUUGGAAGAACAUCACAUAUGUCGCCCCGAUUUACGGCGCCGACGUCUCGGGAAGCUUAACCGAUCCGAACGUCAACGAGUGGAACAUUAACCGGUUAGGUACGAUAUUGGAUUACGUUAAUGAGGAUUACGGUAUAUCGAUCGACGGCGUGAACACCGCAUAUUUAUAUUUCGGCAUGUGGAAAACGACCUUCCCGUGGCACACCGAGGACAUGGACUUGUAUUCGAUCAAUUACCUACACUUUGGCGCCCCGAAAACUUGGUACGCGAUUCCGCCCGAGCACGGACGAAGAUUGGAACGUCUCGCCAACGGAUUUUUCCCGAGCAGUUAUCAGACUUGUCAGGCGUUCUUGCGGCACAAAAUGACCCUGAUUUCGCCGCAGAUUUUGAAGCAGUAUUCGAUCCCGUAUAAUAAGAUCACUCAGGAGCAGGGCGAAAUCAUGAUCACCUUCCCGUACGGUUACCACGCCGGUUUUAAUCACGGAUUUAAUUGCGCCGAGUCCACGAAUUUUGCAUGUCCGCGAUGGGUUGAGUACGGGAAACGAGCGUCUCAAUGCACCUGCAGCAAGGACAUGGUUAAAAUUUCGAUGGACACCUUCGUGAAACGUUUUCAGCCGGAUAGGUACGAGAAGUGGUUGCAAGGGGUCGAUAUCGGUCCGCAUCCCGAGGAGCCCAAUAAGCAGGUGGCGGCCCCGCAUCCGAUGCCGCAAGAUAUUCUCUGUAAUAAGAAUAACACGUCGCUACCUUUGAGUUUUCUCGAAGCGCCGAUCAAGAAGAGUCCGUUCGUUAAGCGGGCCAGAGCUAUGGGAUACACUGGACAGUUUUCUCUGGCCGAGUUUCCUGCCGAAUUACAAAUGGAGUUGAUGGAAGAAGAUCUGGAGGCGGGUCAAAGCGAGGUUCCUCCCGACGAGCAGCAGCUCGAAGUCCUCGAGGACAUUUGGUUGAAGGCGGGCGAAAUCGACGUCGACGAGGCGUCGAUUUACGAUUCGGGAUAUAACGUCGGUCAGCGUCGUAAGCCGGUCGUGAAACGUCGCAAGGAUAUGGACGGAAAUUUCCACCCGCGAUCGGGCGGACGCCGGUCGAGAUCUCGGCGGAAAGACAGAGGAUUGGUUAGGAUUAAGCGGAAGAAGCUAAGCGACGGGGACAAUUUGGAUUCGCUGUACGCGACAAUUUCGAACACCAACAAGAAGGUGUGCGGAAAAAUCGUCGCUCCGCUUAAUCUACUUAAAGACGAAAACAGCAGCAGCAGCAGCACUAGUACCGAAGAUCUAAUUAAGAGCUUGGUAGAGGAGCAGACCCAGAAAUUAAACAUUAACGACGAACGCGACAUGCUAAUUAAGUCUUUGCUCGAACAGAAAAAGGACGACCUCCACAAACACAAGCACCUCAAGCACAAAGACAGUUGCAGGAAGUUUAAGAAACCCAUGGAUCAAGCCGGCCCAUCACGGUCUAUUCCAGACUACAACAGACAGAAUGACCACGAGAGUGUUACGAACGUCAUUGACGACAUCAUCAAACGAGCGACCAUCGAACACGCAGAGAAAUUACAGCAGGAGGCGGAAGAAUCCGAGAACAUGAAGGGAAUUAAAACGCCCCCGCUCAGCUUCAGCCCCGGAUGCGACCUAUUGGAAAUCUCGCACAAGCGCGGCCCGUACGGAAAGCGCUCGCCGCGCGACCCCAACAAGAUCCAAGUCAAACGGAAGAGCAUCGAGAUGAAAAUCAAAGUGGAAGAUUCCGACAUGGAGAUACGCACCAUUAAACACGAGAAUCAGAACGACGCGGGAAUCCUCACCGUCGUACCGCCGGUCAUCAAACCCGCCCCCCACCCUCCCGGCUUUACCGGCGGCCCCGGCUACGAAAACGCGUUCCUCUCGUUCCUGAAGAAAGGUCCCCCGCCGUCACCGCCGAAGUCCGCCGAGAAAAACGACGCCCUCGACGUCCAGCGAAAUCUGGAUAAGGUCGUCCAGGUGAAACGCUCGUACAAAAUUCCUAAGAAAACGACGAUACAAUCCGUUGCCAAGCCGGAACUCAACGUCACCAGGUCAAUUCUGAAACCGCUCCUCACCUACAAAGGUCCCAUGUCCAACAAGAACAACUUCGCCUCGAUUAAGGCGCUGCACGGAUCCGACAUGGUCAUCACGCCGCUACCCCCGAAGGACGUGUACUCGAAGAAGAUAACGAUCGGCAGUCCGGGCGAUCAGCUCAUCAUCACCAAGGACAAGAACACGGCGGCGAAGAGCGCCCUCAUCUCGUUACUCAUGGAUAAGUCCCGUAGAAGCGGCGUAAUGUCGACGCCCAAACCGCCGAUCAUAUCGCCGUACGUCACGCCGGCCAGAAAAAUCGACAUACUCAGCACGAGGCUCGAACCCACAAUCGACGAGAAGGACAGGCUGCUGUGCGAGAGAAUACAAAAGGGCGCCGCGAACAUACGCGAGGUUUUGAAGACGCCGAAGCCGUCGUCGCGGAAGCCGAAGGGCGAACCUAAGAAGCGAGGACGCAAACCGAGAUCGUACUAUGAGAAUCUACAAUUGGAGCAGAUGAAUGCGCUACAGAAACAGAAAAUCGACAACGAUCCGCCUCCUCCCACAAUACCGGAAGUUCAACAAGAGCAAGACAAGUCACAAAGUGCACCUGAACCUGUUACAAACAAUAACGUUAGUAUCGACGAGCCCCUUCUCGCGAAGGACGACGCCUAUUCGUGCAUUCAAACGUCCGACGGUAGCGUGACGUUGUACGCCGGUGAUCAGGAGGACGCGAUGGCGUGCCCGGACACGCCCGAAGAGGGUGUGGUCAUCUACAAGCAGCAGGAGGAGUCAGUGCCCGAACUCGACUGCACGGCCCAGUUGUACGGGGCACCCCAUCAUCCGCUUCAAUGUUCCGAAACGUCCAACGGAAGCAUCACCUUGUAUUCGGGUCACGAGGAGGGGACGAUGACGCAAAUUGCCUGCGCCGAAACGUCGGACGGCGACAUGCCGAUCUACACGAGUAGCCAGGAGGAAAUCUCGGAAACUUCCGACGGAAACUUGACCAUCUAUACGAACAAUGAGGAGGAGACGACGGGAACUAUGGACGUGAACUGUUCGUACGUGCAAACGGUCCCGAUCACGGUCACGAUACCCAUCCAGCCCGUUCCGCAGUUCGUGCAGCAGACCAACGGGUUUGUCGUUCCGAGUGUAAUACAAAAUGUGCAAUACGUACCGAAUUCUUCCAACGUUUACAGUUAUCAGGGCGUUUAUCAGUACGCCUCGUCCGAUUCGCUGCCGAGCAGCGUGGAACCCCAACCUUUGGCGCCCGAGCGCAAACGUCCCAACUUAAUCUGGCAGGAGCAGGCGAUGCACUACACCGUCAACAGGUGCGCGACCACGGAGACCGAUCCCGAUCGUCUAUAUCCCAUGACGAAAUCGGCGAUCGUGCUACUGGACAAUUGUGAUAAGGACAUCGUCAAGAUCGAUAAUACCGAAGGUGAUCUUAUUGUCAGUAACACGGUCGAGAUCGUCUCGAAAAGUCCCGAGGAUUUCUCGGAAGAUUCGAAUCAGGAGAAUAUAUGCGACAAUAUCACGAACAACAAGUGCCAGGCAAUUUUGAAUCGAUUCACCAGUCUAAGCUCUUCCGAUGACGACUAUCUACGAUUAAAGAAGUUAACCUUAAAUCUUCCGAAACUGUACAGCAGCCUUUCGCGUAAGUUCAAAAUCGACUGUAAACUCAGGGAGAAGGCGCUGAGACAGGCGAUACUCUCGAAAAUACUGGUGGAAAACGUUCCCGACUGCGACUACCAGCUGCAAAACGGCAAGAGCAAACUGCAACUAUUUCCAAAGCACCGCGCGAUCGUCGACUUGCUAAAGCGGCUCGAUCAGAUUCAAAUCGAAAAGCAGAAGACAAAGUCGAAUUUAGUGAUAAAUCUGCAGAGAUUGCCGCCGGACUUCAAAACCGACCGGAAACGUAAAAAGACUGAGAGGACUAACGAAAUCGGAACGUGCGAGGCGCGCGUCAACGUCACGCGCUUACCGAUCCACUCCGAGUCCUUCUUCGAUAAGUUUCAAGCGAAAAUCAUGAAGUCGCUCGGUUUCGAGACGUCGUACGCCGACAAGGAGAGAUCGAGGUCGCCAUCUGUGAGUCGCUUAUUGAAACAGAAAAAGUUUGUAACCAAAGGUAACUCCCUUCCCUUAAAGCUGCAAGAGAAAAUUAAACGUCUAACCCCACUAACCGUAAAAGUAACAUUGAAAGAUCUCAAACACGAGCCAAAUAAGACCGAAACGCGUAACCCCGCCCCCUAUUUGUGCUCGUCCGACGAGGAGGAGCCGCCGUACAUCUCACGGAACAGUUCCGUUAAUUUAAAGGACUCGCGUCCGCUGACGAUCAACGAGGAGGUAUGGGCGAAGCACCGGAACGGGCGAUUCUACCGCGGCAGAAUCAUCAGAAAGCAUCCGACCGUAUACUGCAGCGCUCACUUUCCGUGCGACGGCACGUUCACGAGCAACCUGUGCCUCGAGAACAUAAUGGACGUGAAGACGAAGGGCCUCCCGAAGAUCGGCGACAAGAUUCGCGUCAGAUGGAUGGACGGACUUAUUUACGAUGCGAGAUUCGUCGGCGCGAGAACUACGUAUUUGUAUACGGUGUUAUUCGAGGACGAGAGUCAAUUAGAGCUGAAAUGUGAUGUCAUUUAUCGCGUUACCGAUCACUUGCCCAAGAGGAUCAUGGCGAAACUGUCGCAGGCCAGCGUCAUGAAGAACAGAGAGCACCUCUACGAUCUCGAGCGAGAGUUGCCGCCGAAGCGACCGCCGAAACCAAAAAGAAAGUGAAUACAAGCGGAGCUCCCAGUAUUUUAACUUGUCUAAAUUGCGAUUCAUAUUAUUUGAAGACUGAAGGUUAAUUUUCCUUUCCGCUAUAAAUUUCGCAAGUAAUAUGUCUCCGAGAAAUGUGAUUUAUAAUUUAUUUACGUUAUAAAAGUUCAUUUUUAAUAUUAUUAUUAUUAUUCUCUACUUUAUUUUGAUGAGAGUACGUGGUUUAUUUGUAAAACUACACUUAGAGAUUUACAAUUUUUAGUAAUCACCGUUAGCUUAAUGGUACUUUGAAUCAUCUCGGUAAUUUUGUAUAUAUAAAGUUAACACGUAAGGAUUAAGUAAAUGGUUUUAGAUUAAAUGCGAUGAUUCUAAUGUAUAAAUUUGUAACUCGAUUAUUUGUGUGUAAAAUAUAUUUGAAAAAUA